AUGUCUGGUCCGAAAGCACCCGAGGAUGCUCGCCGCAAACCCCUCUGGGCGCGCGUGUACAAGGACCUUCUCCACCACGCUGUUCCCGACUCGCGCUUCUCCUACGACUUCCUAUCCUUCACACCCGACUUUCGCCAUUCCGACAUCGCCAUGGACCAUGUAGCCGAACUGCCCUGCUAUACAAGUGCGUCUACCAUUCUCAUUACACCUGACAACAGCCUCGAGGGCUUGCGGUACCGUGCGCUGCGAGACGGGAAGAAGGUGUUGGUGGCUACGUAUCGACUGCGUAGGGGGUUCGUGCUAUUGGAUCCCGCAAGGAUAGAGGAAGGGUCGAGGAGGUUGGCUUCGUGUCUGGAUGGAAUGGAGAAGUCUGGUCUUGGGCGGGCGGUCACGAUGGCUCAGCUGAGGGAUGAGGGGGUCCAUGUCGACAUGUGUGUCACAGGAGCGCUGGUGGUGAAUGAGCAGGGUGUCACGAUUUGGGAGGGUCAAGCACUGUUUGAGGUGCAGUGGGCGCUCCUGCAGGACAUUGAAGUACUAAGUGAUAGUACCCCGGUUGCUGCCGUUGUUCAUGCCUGUCAGGUGGUUGAUGAGGCUGCUCUUGGGGUGGAGAGAUUUAUGCCUGACAAGAAUGGCGAGGUCCAAUGCGACUUCGUCGUCACACCAGAUCGUGUGUUGCAUGUAGACAAUGCGCUCAAACCGAGUGGCGGCAUAAACUUCAAAAACGUAGAUCCCGAUGGUUUGAACAACAUCCCACCCUUGCAAGAGCUGAAAGGGAUGCGCAUGAUGGAGCAAAUCAUGCAGAAUGGCGGAUUCGACAGCAAACCAGAGAAGAUCCCGCAGCCACUGUCCGCCGAAGAGCAAAUGGGGAUUAGCAUCGUAGAAAAGCUCAUGAAAGACCUCAAGCCGUAG